UGUUGGCCGUGUGUUAGUCGGGAUACGCAGGGAUGAAGAGGAAUUAAGGAUGUUUCCCUCCUUUCUAAGGCAGCGAUUGGAUGUGGGAGUACGAAGAGGGACUGAGGCACUACAGUGAAGAGGCUCUUAAAAGGGAGUUUCCGGAGAAAACCCGGCCCGCCGACUUCAAGCAUCCUCAUUUCCAGUGCACCGACAUGACUCCCUCCCCCUCUGUCCCCACCUCAGUGGAAAUGGUGAAGGCUGCAGACAUCAAAGUGAUAGCGGCACUUGGAGACUCGCUGACUACAGCCAUUGGUGCGAAUGCAACGAACGUCCUGGGAAUACCUAUAGAAUUCCGUCAUGUGUCAUGGAGGCUCUUCAACCCUGACCUGAUUGGUCCAGCUCCCACCAAGACGGUCCACGGUACCCCUGCACCCCUCAGUGAGACCGGCUUCAACCUGGCCGUCACUGGACACAACACAUUUAAUCUCCCUGGACAGGUCAGACAUCUCAUUGACACUCUGAAAACAUACCAGGGCAUAGAUUUUGAUGAAGAUUGGAAGCUUCUGACCAUCCUUAUAGGCAUGAAUGACAUCUGUGAUUACUGCAAAGACAAGUCCCUCUUUUCAGUGGAAAACUUCAUCUACUACAUGACCGUGUCCUUGGAAAUGCUGAUGAACGAGGUUCCACGGAUGAUAGUGAACGUGGUGCAGAUUCUGCCUAUGGAGACCCUAAGGGAGGUGCAGAAACCCACCCCAGGCUGCCUGCUCCAGAGGUCUUUCUGUUCCUGUUUAGUGAAGCCAGCGACCGGCUCAGCUGAUCUGAAGGAACUGGUGUCGGUCAACCUGGAGUUUCAGAAACGGCUGGAGCAGCUGCUCUACACAGAUCGAUUCUUCAAGACGGACUUUGCCGUGGUCCUUCAACCCUUCCUCAAAUAUGCGGAUCCUCCACGGCUUCCGAAUGGGAAGAUUGACAUGAGCUUCUUCACACCAGACUGUUUCCACUUCACCAUGAAAGGACACGAAGAGCUGGCCAAGGGCCUUUGGAACAACAUGGAUCACCCUUUCAUCUUCACCAAGCCCAGUGCCGUGGAGAACGGGCAGACCACGACUCCAUCAGAAGACGUCUCGACCUCCAGCGGGCAGAGGGCCUCGGCGCUCAGCUGUCUCUUGCCCCUCACCUACCUCCUCCUUCGGACUACCGUGGCUCUCACCUGCCUGUGA